AUGUGUCGUGUAUCAUGUCGGGGGAAGAUUGAUGAGAGUGGGAAGGCGGGCCGAAGUGGAGAUGUGCGUGAAGGAGACCGACUCCUGGGUGUCAAUGACGUUUUCUGCAGGAAUUCCCACGCCGAGGCCCUGAGGCUGAUCGAGUCGGCUUCUCAGAUUGAUGAGAGUGGGAAGGCGGGCCGAAGUGGAGAUGUGCGUGAAGGAGACCGACUCCUGGGUGUCAAUGACGUUUUCUGCAGGAAUUCCCACGCCGAGGCCCUGAGGCUGAUCGAGUCGGCGUUCAGGACCCUCACCUUGACUCUAUGGCGCUCCGGAUCUCGCAUUCGUGCCCAGGGCUGGCGAAAAUUGAUGGCGAGGCUUCGGAAACAACCACCUGCGAAGGCGGCGAUUUUCCUGGCCCGAGUCAAUGAUUUCCCGAUCGUGCUACUUCAUUUCUUCAUUUCCUCCGAAAUGUCGCUGAACCCGAUUUCGUGA